UCCGUGCGUGUGUGUGCUUUUGCUUGGUGUGUGUGUGUGUGUGUGUGUUUGAGUUUUUGUGUGUAUGUGUGUGUGCAAAGAAUAACAACACCGACGUCGUAGGUACGUACGUGUUUGUUUGGUCGUCGCCGUUUGUUUAUUUACAAUCGUGUAUUACUGUAUUGUUUGUGUUUUCGUUGUUCGACACAACAGCGUAAAUAGCCCCGCUUGGUMAGCGGUAUUCGCUCUUCAAUACCGUCUGAAAAUUAUACCGGCCGGCGGUGUCGGCGGCGGCGGUUCGCAAUACACGACAGUAAGAUGCCCUAGCGGCGUCAGCGGCUUGUUGCAGCCAGUACAUAUUUUCAAUUGACCUAGCCAACAUCAUUACCAGUCAGACGUCGAAUUUGCGUUCUUGACGAAAAGUGUUUUCGUGCCCCAACGAGCAGUCAAAUUCGAUUCGUGUCACAAUACACGCUACUCUCAUGGCGACCAUAAACAGUGGCAGUAACAACAGCAAUAGCAACAACACGAGUACCGGCGGCAGCAAUAUGUACCGCGUUGGAGAUUAUGUAUACUUUGAGGCUCAACAACAGCAACAGCAGCAGCAACAAUCUAUGCAUCAUCAGCAGCAACAACCUUUCCAAAUACGUAGAAUCGAAGAGCUCAAUAAGACUGCUGGUGGCAAUGUGGAAGCCAAAGUCAUGUGUUUCUAUAGGAGAAGAGACCUUCCAGCUCAACUUGUAGCGCUGGCUGAUAAACACCAACAACACCAGCAGCAGCAGCAACUAUCUUUGACUUUAUCAUUAUCUCCUGGUGGAAAUAGCACUGUUAAAGGUGGUGGUAAGCAAUCAUCUAUAAUCAAAUCUUCAGUCACUGAUAAAGAUGCUAGUACGGAUAAAAAAGAACAAGACACUAGUGCUGGUGGGGCCUUACCGAUGGUAAAAAAAGAGCAGCAGAAUGAAGAACAAACUGCCAAAAAAAUAGAAACAUCUGAAGUAAAUGAAAUUGUAAAAGAGGAACAGCAACAACAGCAGGAUGUUGAGAUGUCAGAUGAAAUAGAAAUUAAUUCUGCUGUAUCCGCUGUUGUCAAAAGUGGAGAUGCUCGAGUAGAUGGUGAUGAUGUUGAAACCAAUGAUAAAUCUUCAGAUAUUGUAAAAGACGAAGAUAAGACAACUCAAGGCACACAACCACAGCAUGACUGGUGGCGUGGUGAACAGCUUAAACAACGGGAAUUGUUCUUAAGCAGGCAAGUAGAAACAUUGGCUGCAACACAUAUACGUGGAAAGUGCACAGUAACAUUGUACAAUGAGACUGAGUCGUUGGACAGUUAUUUAGAGAGAGAGGAUACAUUUUUCUAUUGUCUGGUAUUUGAUCCCGUCCAGAAAACAUUGUUGGCAGACAAGGGGGAAAUCCGUGUUGGCCAUAAAUAUCAGGCUGAGGUACCACCAAAAGCUCUCUUUAAUCAUGGUAGUAGUGAUGUAAAUACAAAAGAUACAACGACAAAACUGAUAAAAGGAGAAAUAUUAAAAGAAGAACACACUACUGAUGGUGAUGGAGAAGUGUCUAUGGUUACAGAAUGCAGUCGAGACAAUGGUGAUGAUGAUAAAGAUAUUGAUGGAAAAUCAUCUACUGCAUUAACUACUGUGACAGCAUUAGGAACUGUAACAGCAGUGACAGUAGAAAGCAAUUCUGAUCUUGAGACUUUGAUAUGGACAUGCAGGCCGCAGUGGAAUCGUUUGACUGAUAGGCAGAUAGAUCAGUUUUUGGUCGUUUCCAGAUCAUUGGGGACAUUUGCUCGUGCUUUAGAUUGCACCAGUUCAGUAAAACAGCCUUCGUUACAUAUGUCAGCAGCUGCUGCAUCACGAGACAUCACAUUGUUUCAUGCAAUGGACACACUGCAUAGGCAUGGUUAUGAUCUAGGCUCUGCCACCUGUUCCCUAGUGCCUAGUACGGGACCUGUAUUGUGCCGCGAUGAAAUGGAAGAAUGGUCAGCGUCUGAAGCAAAUUUGUUUGAGGAAGCGUUGGAGAAGUAUGGCAAGGACUUUGGUGACAUACGUCAUGAUUUUCUUCCUUGGAAAACACACAAAAACAUAGUUGAGUACUAUUACAUGUGGAAGACCACUGACAGGUAUGUGCAGCAAAAGCGUGUUAAGGCCGUAGAACAAGAAUCCAAGUUGAAACAAGUGUAUAUACCUUCUUAUAAUGGAACAAGUGGUGGAAAGCAGCAGGCUAUAACAUCGGGUGUAACAAUAAAAUCUUCACAGCAGCAACAACAGCUUGUAAAUGGUAACUCGGCAGCUGUGGAACUGUAUUCCCCCAAAAAUAGUAGCGGUGGAUUAUCUAUUACAGGGGAGGGACCAUUACAACCAGGAUUAUGUGAUCUAUGUGAUGCUGUAUCCUCGCAUCAAUGGUAUCCAAACACCAUUGGAGCUACAACCGGAACCUCAGCAAUAUCCUAUCAUCAACAAAAUGGAGGACUGUCUUCAACAAUAUCAUCUACAUUAUGUCACGAGUGCUGGACUCAUUGGAAAAAAUAUGGAGGUCCCAGAACUGCUACUUCUGAAAAGAAAGUUAUUGCAGCUGCUAGAGGAGAAAGCAUGUCUGGAGAUGAAGAUCGACCACAUUCAAAUGCAUCAUCCAGUUCUCUGGCAGCAGCAAUGAACUUAAAUGUAUCAGCUGGCGGUGGCAGAUCUUCAUCACACGGACCAACCAUGUCGACUCCACCCCAUCACCAUCAUCAUCUUAUGCACCUUGGUGGUAGUGGAAGUAGUCAUCAUAGUAGUUAUCAUCAUCAGUCCCAGCACCACCACCAUCAACAGCUCCACCAUCAACAACAACAACAUUUACAGCAGCAGCAGCAACAACAACAACAUCAGUCCUCAGCUUCUUCACCAGGUGGUGGUGGUCUAUUACUACAUCAACCACACAUUAAUUCAUCUGGAUCAACGACAACUGCUCAUAGAUGUACUAUUAUUGGGUGUCAAGCGGCUCCAUUCAAGAGUAAGUCUCAGCUGCUACGACAUUAUAGUACAGCACAUGGCAUCGGGAUAAAUUCCAACAGCAGCAGUAGUCCUAGUGCUAUCAUCACUUCAAUUGGUGGUAGUAGUAGAUCUUCUGGUAGUGCUGGUAUUGAUGGUGGUGGGAGUGAAAAAUUAUCCCCACAGCCGCCACAACAGCAGACUGUUCCUGGCGCAGGACUCCUCCACCACAAUUCUGGAGGGCCUUUAAACUUGAACAGUAGUAAUCCGAUUCAACAUUCUAUCGGAAGUAGCUCUGCCAACCAAGUAAUUAAUCUCAUUGCAUCGUCUUCUUCACCACAACAGCAGCCUAACAACCUAUCCACAAGUGGUGGGGGCGUAACAACAACUGCAGUAAUUACAGCAGGAGGAGUAGCUACUGCUACUGGGCGGCCGGUUAUGAAGACAAGAACAGCAUUUUAUUUGAGAUGCACAUCUUUGGCCAAAGCAAGUAGGCGCCGAGCUGCGCAACAAGCUGCAGCCGCACUAUUACAGCAACAGCACCAUCAGAAAAAAGCAUCUUCUAGUGGAACACAAUCGGCAUCGGUAUUAUCACCAAUAGCUUCAGCCAUGGUUCAACCUGGAUGUUUAGCUCGUCCUAGAAAUGUAGCUCGUAGACCAUUCAUCUGUGUUCCACAAACUGCACACUCUUACAAACAUGAAUGUAUGUUGUCAAUGCAACAUGUUCCAGUCCAUGAAUUAAGAGCGUACUUGAGGGCUGCUGCUGUUAAAGCACAUGCACGCCGACCCGGAGUUACUCGAGUAGCCAACGCUUUAAUAGCAGCUAGAAGAGGUCGUGGUGGAAUGAAUGCAGCCACUGCUGCUGAAAUAGCUGUACCAGAUUGGCUGUCUCUGCCUUCCCAACAGCAUCAGCAUCAGUCGUCUCAUCAUCAUAUCUCGUCUUCAUCAAAACAUGGCAAACAUUCUUCAAGAUCAUCAACAGGUGGACGUGUCGCUUUUCCCAAGCCACCAAAAGCUCCUGAUGGCAGUUUGCUAUACGAACGAGUGCCUAAUAAGCAGGAAGCGGCUGCGGCUGCAGCAGCUGCUACUUCUGCGUUGAAUAAUCCAUCUGCGGCUGCGGCAGCAGCAGCAGCUGCUGCAGCUGUUGGACUAAAUCCAGCUGCAGCAGCUGCAAUACUCGGAGCUUUAGGUCCUCCGGGAUCUGUCAAUAGUAGUAAUUCUGGAGGGACAUCUGGUUCAACAAAUGAUCAAUCGGCCACGGGGUUUGACGUGGCAGCUGCGGCCGCUGCUCUAUACCAACAGCAGCAGCAACAACAACAACAGCAACAGCAACAGCAACAACAAAGCUCUUCGUCGUCAAGCAACAAGAGGCGGUUAUAUGAAACUGAUAGUGCAUCUAUACAACAGCAACCACAACCACAAGCUGGGCCACCAUCAAAACGUAUGCAUCGCCAGCAACAUCACUCACAGCAACAACAGCAAUCCACUGGUCAUCUCCACCACAGCCAGCAGCACCUACAACCUUCAUCAACAUCACAAGGAGGUAGUGGAGCUGGCGGAGGUGCCGUAGACGGAAUGCUGGCAUCAAUUGUGGCGCAUCAACAGCAGCAACAACAACGAGGUAGUAUGUCAAGUGGAGGACCUUUACAAUUAAACGCCUCUGGGAGUGGUGGUAAAUCCAGUAGCACGGCAGGCCACCACCAGUCACAGCAUCAGCAGCAUAAUCAUUAUAGGACACCAUCAAUGGCUCGGACUGGAAGGAAGCAUGUUAUAUCGUGGACGGAUGCUCCUGAUGACUUGUAUUAUAGAUGCACCACAUUGUCGAGAUCAUUGCGGAAAGCUAGGAUGACGGGUAAAGAGCUAAAGCGGUCAGCGCGCAAGCCUUGGCAGCCAAUCGCUGCACUUCUCGGUAUAUCAUUUGCAAUGCCGCCUGCAGCUGCUUCAUCGUUGGCAACACCAGUAGGAACAGCAGGGACUACGGGAUCUCCGGCACCACCAACUGGUAAUACAACCGUGAAUUCAUCAUCAAUUGGGCCGGCUACACCAUUUGACAUGUCCACUGGCAGUGUUGCUAGUGGUGGCGCUGGCGGUAGUAAUAGACAAUUGUCUGCCAUGUCGAAUCAGUCAGCGGCACCGAUAGUAGCACCAUGUAUUAGUGGCACACUUUCAAUGUCAUCACGUACCAGUGGCGGUGGUAGUAGUCAUCACUAAGUACCACGAUUUUGUGUGGACUUUGUGCGCUAUUGGCGGCAAUCACCAUCAACCGUCUGAACGAUAAUUUAGAAUUUCAAUUUUUUUUAUCAUCAUCGUACUAUUUUAUUUUUAUACAUUAACAAUUUAUAAUCAUAUUAUUUUUAAUCCGAAUCAUUUUUAUAGGUUGAACCUAAAUAAUAUGCUGAAAUUAUUUUUA